UUUUUCCCUUUUUGUGUACAUUUUACCCGUCUAAAGUCUAAAGAGAUACUAAAAAAACCCAAAAAAAGAAGACGAAGGAGAAGAGAGAGAAAAUUUUAACACAAAAGUUUGAACAGCAAAAACCUUUCAAAUUCCUUCUUUCUCUCUCUUCAAAUCCGCCAUUGAUGUGAGCUUAAGCAACUAACAACUAUGUCGAAGAUGAAGCAUCUCCUUCGGAAGCUACACAUCGGUAACGACCAUCACAAUCGCCAUCACGCGGCUCGUCGAAUACCUAAUAAUCGAACUCAGUCUACGGAAACUUCGGAAACGACGCCGCCUUCGAUUUCUUCGUCGAAUUCAUCAUCGCCGCCUUCGAUUUCUUCGUCGAGUGAUCCGACGGCGAGGGAAUCGUCUUCGCCGGCGACGGCGCCGGAGAAUGUUAGCGUGAGUGUGAACAGGAGAAAUCCGGCUGAUUUCAAUUUCAUUGAGGAGGAUUUUCAGCUUCAGUUAGCAAUGGCGAUCAGCGCCUCGGAUCCUGAGCCUCGAAACGACGACGAAUCCGACCACCAGAUCAUGGCAGCUAAGCAAUUGAGCCUCGCGUGUUCGCCUUCGGUGCCUGAUAAUGAACGCCUUAGUGAAUUUCUGGCGCUUAAGUAUUGGAACUACAAUGUUGUUCAAUAUGAUGAAAAGGUAGUGGAUGGAUUUUAUGAUGUUUAUGCUAUCGCUUCGCAUUCAAUUGCACAAGGGGAAAUGCCAUUGCUUGUGGAUCUUCAAGCUAUUUCCAUUUUGGGUAACUUUGAUCAUGAAGUUGUCUUGGUGAACCGAUCCAUUGAUGUUCAGUUGCAGCAGCUUGAGAAUAAAGUGUAUGCUAUAUCAGUUGAGUUUAGAGUUCUGGGACAUGGGAUGUUGAAUGGUUUGAUUCAGAGGUUAGCCGACCUUGUUGUUGAUAGAUUGGGUGGUCCUGUUACUGAUGCCGAAGAAAUUACAAAGAGGUGGCAAGUGAGAAGUACUCAGUUGAUGGCUUCUUGCGAUUCCAUUGUUCUUCCUCUUGGUUGUCUUGAUAUUGGGCUCUCACGCCAUCGUGCCUUGCUUUUUAAGGUACUAGCUGAUAGGAUUAAUCUUCCAUGCAUGCUUGUAAAAGGGAGUUUGUACACAGGCACUGACGAGGGAGCUAUAAACUUGAUCAAAUUUGAUGAUGGAAGUGAAUACAUAAUUGAUUUGAUGGCUGCUCCUGGGACAUUAAUUCCAUCAGAGGUGCCUAGCAGUCUUCUUCUGGACACUGCACUGGAAGCACGGGGCUUGUCUGACAGUGCUGCUGCUGUCAGCAACUUAAGUUUGGCUUUUGACAAAGUGGUUGGGUUAGACGGAAAUAUACGUGAUAUUGUUGUGGUUCCUGAAGUUUAUGGCUCCAAUUUGGAAGAAGCAGCCUCCUUAAGUACACAAGCAAAACAUGUGAAUGAGAUUACUGUUAGAUCUGAUUUGAAUGAGAGGUCUACUUAUGCUUUUGAGAAGCCUGUUAGAUCAGGAUCCAGUUUAUAUGAUUGCUCACCAAGUGCUAUUGAAGAAGCAUCACUGGCACAAGAAAAGAAAGUCAAGGAUGUUUCUAAAUAUGUAAUAAGUGCGGCGAAGGAUCCUGAAUUUGCACAGAAAUUGCAUGCCGUUUUGUUAGAGAGUGGUGCUUCACCACCAGCAGAUUUGUUUAUGAAUAUGAGUCCUAGUAUUUUGCGUGAAAAGACAUUGCUUGAAUUAGUCCAACGAGGGAGACAAGAAAUUCUUAGCUCCGGAGAUACUUACAACUUACAAGAUCAUAGGUUUGAGAUGCCACUCAUAUGCCACUUUGGAUUGCAGUCCUUGAACAAUUGUGAUAAGCGUGAAGAGAGUGUUGAUAAUGCAACACAACAGAAUUUGCAUCUUGAUGCAGAUUUUCUGUGUUCUCCUCGACCUGAUUCUGAUGUUGCUCUUGUUGCUGAACCUAACAGAACGAACAAGAGUGGUGCUACAGCUGACUCUUCAAGGGGGUUAUCUGGUCAUGAUGGACAGCGUUCUCGGGGUUCUAGAGGAAAAUUUUUGGAACAAACUAAUUUAGGUGAAGAACCUUGUGUUCAGCUGGAGACUGUCGAGGGACACACUGAGUGCUUUAGCCCCGUCUCUAGUGAGGGGGUCUGCCAUGUGCUUGGUGAGUUUGCAGAAUGGGAGAUACGUUGGGAGGAUCUUCAGAUUGGAGAAAGAAUUGGUAUAGGUUCGUUUGGUGAAGUUUAUCGUGCAGAUUGGAAUGGCACUGAAGUUGCUGUUAAGAAGUUCUUGGUCCAAGACUUAACUGGAGAUGUGCUUGUUCAGUUUAAAUGUGAAGCUGAGAUGAUGAUAAGGUUGAGACAUCCUAAUGUUGUUCUCUUUAUGGGUGCGGUUACUCGUCCUCCAAAUCUCUCAAUCCUUACAGAGUUUCUUCCCCGAGGGAGUUUGUACAGAUUAUUGCAUCGAUCUGGCUCUCAAAUCGAUGAAAAGAAGCGAAUGAAAAUGGCUCUUGAUGUGGCUAGGGGAAUGAAUUAUUUGCACACAAGUCAUCCUACUGUUGUCCAUCGAGAUUUGAAGUCGCCCAAUCUUCUUGUUGAUAAAAACUGGGUUGUAAAGGUCUGUGAUUUCGGUUUGUCACGCUUGAAGCACCACACUUUUCUGUCAUCAAACUCGACUGCUGGAACGCCUGAAUGGAUGGCACCUGAAGUUCUAAGAAAUGAGCCAUCUAAUGAAAAGUGUGAUGUUUACAGUUUUGGUGUGAUAUUGUGGGAAUUGGUUACGUUAUGUGUACCAUGGACUGGGUUAAACCCCAUGCAAGUAGUAGGAGCUGUUGGGUUCCAGAAUAGACGCCUUGUAAUCCCUGAAGAAGUAGAUGUAAAGGUUGCCCAGAUAAUACAGGAUUGUUGGGAAAAUGAUCCUCGUUUGAGGCCUUCUUUCUCACAGCUUAUCACCCGCCUUAAGGGUCUCAAUCGCCUGAUUGUACAGAAAAAUUAAACAAGUGUGAUUAUAUCCAUUGUGUUCAUAGUUAGGAUUUUUUUGCUAUGCUCGAAGAGCUGGAGUAACAGGAGCAGCUGAACUGUGGCUGUGUAAACUGGCUUUUUUGUUGCAAAGAAACAGACAGAACACUGAAAUGUUAGUUGUUGGUUCAUUCGAAGCGGGGACUCGGCACUACCAGUUCAGAAGUUCAAUCUUGAGAGCCUUGGACAUCCUCAAAAUAUUCAUCGGCUGUGCGAAGCACAGUGGAGGUUGCCAUGGGGGUUAGCUGUUGUAGGAUUGCAAGUGUUAAUAUUAAAUACUUCGUAUAUGUGCAAGAAGACUGACAAAAGAAAAUUUCAACGUGUAUAAGUCUAAAUGGGGGGAAAGGAGGGGAGGGAGGGUGGGGGUGGAAAUAAAGUGAAUAAAACCACAGUUUUGUGUUUUGUUUCUUUUCAUUGUACUAUUGUUCUCUAAAAGCAAUUGGAAUUGUAAACACUUGGUUUAUAAUUUUUUUAUUGUGGAAUGUAAAGUGGAAAAAAAGGGAAACACAAGAAAGUUGUUCCCUAAAGUUUUUUUUUUUAGGGGGUGGGUUGGACAGAUACUUGAGUUACAUUGUUUUUCAGAACUUGGGGGGACUCUGCUUUCUGUGUACUCCACGGGUUAUCCCUAACAGCAAAGGUUGUACUUUCUCUCCCCCCUCCCCCCCUAGCCUCUUGGUGCACUACAUGGUUGAAAUUUGUUUACAUCUCUUUUCGUGUCUUUCUGAAUUAUUAGCAUAAUCUGUGAUAUAAUUCUCUAUAUCAAUAGAUUAUUGUUUGGGGUGCUUCAUUUAA